AAAAAGAAAAAAAGAAAUCCAAUCCUCCACUCUCCUUUCCAUCUCCGCUCUCUCUCGCUCUUACUCGUUCGCUACAACGAAAGAAAAGAGAAGAAAACCAUGGCUACAUUAUCGGCGGCUGCAGCAGCUCGACAAGCCGCUACUCUCUCUCGAAUCUCCUCUCCCAAGUCACCAGCUCAAGUAGCCGCUCUCAUCCACCGCCGCGGCCUCGCCGGCGCUGCAGACCACCAUGGGCCACCGAGGAUUAACUGCUGGCAAGAUCCAAUGAGCCCAUCUAAAUGGAAGGAAGAGCAUUUUGUUAUUGUCUCUUUAAGUGGUUGGGGUUUAGCCUUCUAUGGGGGAUACAAGUUCUUCACAGGAGGCAAGGGGAAGGAGGAAGAGAAAGUGGUAGAAGCAGCACACUGAGGCUUGAAGCAUGUAAUCGUCCCAUGACUUUUCUGGUAAUAAUGUGUUUGGCUGUACUUCACCUCUUGGGAUCAAUUUUCCUUGUUCGCAGAUGAUUCUGCUGAAAAGUACUGUCAUUUGUUUUACAAGAGAAUGAUGGAUUAUUAAAAAUGGAAGUUAAAUUGCUAAUUUUGGGAAAGUAAAUAAGCCCUUUUACUUUGGCAUGGCCAUUUUGUUGUCACUCUAAUGGUUUGAUGUUUAUCCUUUAAUAUUCUGAUAAUCCGAUACUAUAUUCCCCUA